AUGAUACCUUANUCAUCCCCAAUCUAUAGCCAACUUGCUGGACCACUCUUGAUUAAUUUUGGAAUUAUUCUAUCUUCAAUUGUCUGCAAAACAAUUGUUUGUUCAACAACUAAAGUAAAUUAUGCAAUUUAUAUCCCAGGAUUAAACCCCCUUAUUCCACUUGGAAAUGUUGCCCUUCAUCAUCAUUAGUUUAUUAACCUUUUUCAUUCCAUUCAGUUUAGAACAUUUGAAAAUAUUGUUCUGGAUUUAAUUUAUUUCCACAAUUGUUCUAACUCUCUUAUUUAUUAAGAAUGUAAUAAAUUAAAUAACCACAUACCUUAAUAUUAGUUGUUUCACAAUCAAGAAGAAAGAAAAUUGA